AUGCAGCUGAAUAUCAAUGUGACCAAGUUCAUUUUUCUUGGCUUGACACAGGACCCCAGUAGGAAGAACAUAGUGUUUGUCAUUUUCCUGUUAUUUUAUAUGGGGACUUUAUUGGGUAACUUGCUGAUCAUUGCUACCAUCAAGACAAGCCAGGCCCUUGGGAGUCCCAUGUACUUCUUCCUGUUCUAUUUAUCCUUGUCUGACACCUGCUUCUCUACAACUGUAGCCCCUAGAACGAUUGUGGACUCCCUGAUGAAUGAGGCCUCUAUCUCUUUCAGUGAGUGCAUAAUCCAAGUCUUUACAUUUCAUUUAUUUGUCAUGGCUGUUGACCGCUAUGUAGCCAUCUGUAAGCCCCUGCACUACAUGACCAUCAUGAGCCGUCGGGUCUGUGGGAUGCUGGUAGCCAUAGUCUGGGUGGGAUCCUGUGUGCAUUCUUUAGUUCAGAUUUUUCUGGCCUUGAGUUUACCUUUCUGUGGUCCCAAUGAGAUUGAUCACUACUUCUGCGACUUGCAGCCACUGUUGAAACUUGCCUGUUCAGACACAUAUGUGAUCAACCUUCUCCUGGUGUCCAACAGUGGGACCCUCUGUACAGUGAGUUUCCUCAUGCUCAUGGUCUCAUAUGGCAUCAUUCUUUAUUCCUUGAGAAACCACAGUGCUGAGGGGAGGAGAAAAGCUCUGUUCACUUGCGUUUCCCACAUCAUGGUAGUCAUCUUGUUUUUUGUACCUUGCAUAUUUAUAUACACACGUCCUGCCACCACCUUCCCUAUGGACAAGAUGAUAUCUGUGUUUUACACAAUUUGUACACCCUUUCUAAACCCUCUGAUUUACACACUGAGGAAUGCAGAGGUGAAAAGUGCCAUGAGGAAGUUAUGGAUCAAAAGAAUCUCAGAUGAUAUAUAA